AAAAGAUCGGGGGUUCAGCUGGGCCCGAUUUCCGAGGCUCGAGGGGGGCCUGCUGUCCUUUACUGGUAGCUUGUUGGUCCCAGAAAACGUGGGUGCCCGACAAAGGUCGACGCUGGUCGCUUCGUGUCUCUCACAACAGAGAUAUAUACAGAAAUUAGCACUCUAGGCUGUCUGCAGUGCUGAGGCUCGACCGAGCUUGCACAACGUUGCCCAACAUGUCGCGCUACUCGCUCAGGGAGACUCCUAGGAAGAAGGCGCUCUUCGAGGGCAUGGUCGAGACUCCGGCACGCCGCUCCACGCGCCGGAAGUCGCAGCCCCCGGACGGUGACACGAGCUCCGCCGCCGAGAGCGACGCGCCCGCCACCAAAACCCGCCGUCGAGGCAUUCCCAAGUUCGUUGAGCAUAUUGAAGAGACCGAGGAGUCCGAGGUUGGCUCUGUUGUUGGCUCCGAGUCCUCACCACUCGCCUCGUCUUUCAGCCCGGCCGAGGUCAACGAGCCCGGUCUGCGGAAGCGGAUUAAGGAGGAGCCCGCGGACGAUGACGCCACCCUCAGGAAGGCCAAGCCAAGUAGCAACGGGAACGCAGGGGUGGCGCCCCAGGAGAAUAGCAAGGGCAAGACCGAGGGAGAGCUGGUGGCCGACGGCUGGAGGCCCGGCCUCGACCACCGCAUCGACUACUCGGGCGUCAAGGAGUUCGGCGGCUCGCUGGGCACCGGGGCCAUGAUGAUCGGGUUCCCGACGCUCAUGUACUACAUGUGGAUCGGGGCCACGUACUACAACGGCAAGGCGCCCGCCCCCGCGCCCGGCCAGAGCUGGGAGGACUUUGGGCGCCACAUGGUCAACCUGGCCUAUACGGGCGCCUUCCCGCACGCCAAGGCCUGGGCCAUGUACUGGAUCUUCUUCGUUUUCGAGAUGGCGCUGUACUGCCUCGCCCCAGGCAUCUGGGGCAAGGGCAAGCCGCUGGCCCACGAGGGUGGCAGGCAGCUCGACUACUACUGCUCGGGCGUAUGGAGCUGGUACAUCACCAUGGCGGCGGCGGCCGGCCUGCACUUCUCUGGCGUCAUGCCGCUCUACACCAUCAUCGACGAGUUCGGCCCCAUCAUGAGCGUCGCCAUCCUGUCAGGCUUCCUCGUCAGCAUCGUCGCCUACUUCUCGGCCAUCUUCCGCGGCAAGCAGCACCGCAUGACGGGCAGCUUCCUUUACGACUUCUUCAUGGGUGCCGAGCUCAACCCGCGGAUGUUCGGUAUCCUCGACUUCAAGAUGUUCUUCGAGGUGCGCCUGCCGUGGUACAUCCUCUUCCUCACUACGUGCGGCCUAGUCUCGCGCCAGUACGACCGCUACGGCUACGUCUCGGGCGAGGCCUGGUUCCUGCUCAUGGCCCACUUCCUCUACGCCAACGCCUGCUCCAAGGGCGAGGAGCUCAUCAUCACCACCUGGGACAUGUACUACGAGAAGUGGGGCUUCAUGCUCAUCUUCUGGAACCUGGCCGGCGUCCCGCUGACCUACUGCCACUGCACCAUCUUCCUGGCCAACCACCACCCGGACGAGUACCGGUGGAACAGGGUCUUCCUCGGCUUCCUGUUCGUCGCCUACCUCUUUGUCUACUGGGUCUGGGACUCGUGCAACUCGCAGAAGAACCGGUUCCGCGCCAUGGAGCGCGGCCACAUGGUGGUGCGCAAGGCCUUCCCCCAGGUGCCCUGGCAGACGCUGCACAACCCCCGCACCAUCCCGACCAGCACCGGCAGCGCCAUCCUGGCCGACGGCUGGUACGGCCUCGCCCGCAAGGUCCACUACAGCUGCGACGCCUUCUUCGCCAUCACCUGGGGCCUCGUCACGGGCUUCGGGAGCCCCUUCCCCUGGUUCUACCCCGUCUUCUUCUGCAGCAUGAUCGCCCACCGCGCCCACCGCGACAUCCAGCGCUGCCGCACAAAGUACGGCGACGCCUGGCUCGAGUACGAGAGGACCGUCCCCUACCUCUUUAUCCCUUAUGUCUUCUAAACAUCCCUUUUAUCUGCAAAUUCCCGAGACUUCCGACCUCCAGCUUGGCCCCCCCGUCUGGGAGCCAAACCACCACUUCAUCUAAUGCCCACCUUCAAACUUUCUUGUAUAUAAAAAGUUUGAAAUUUUCUACAGCUCUUUUAGUACAUAAUCAUGACGGCUGUCUUGCAGGGUUUGGUCUGGAAUACAAAAAUAUGGGAGCAUGGGGGUCUGUGGAGGCGCUUUGGCGGAAAAGAGCAAGUGGGCUCAUAAUCAUGUUCGACAAGCUGUCGGACGCCUUUUCUCAUCAUCAACUCGAGGCGAAUUGGUGCUGCGGCAGCCUUGAUUGCCUGGUAAUUUCAAAUUGGUGCACCUCGUCACCAUAAAGCAGACCAGUUUCGACACCUUGGCUAGUGUAUGCAAAAUUUUGAGAUUGGGAAAACCCUAGACUAUACAAACUCUUGCUUGCCCACCAAUAAGUCCAAGAUGAACGCAAGACGAACCCAAUACCACCCAAAAGCACUGAUUGUAUGAAAAGAUUUGCCGAUAGUACAUGUAUG